AUGGCCUUUGACAUGCAAAUGGGGUCAACGUCUAAGAGACCCAUCACGAAGUUGCAAAAUAAGGAAGAACUUGAGUCAGUUUUAAGGAAAAGCAAAAAGGAAAAGAAGAAGAGGAGAUUGGUGAAAGAUGGAAAGGUUUUUCAUGAGAAGGCAGUGCCUCCUGAACUAGUCGUGAAUGUUGAUGAUGAGUCCAAAAGGGAAUCAAAGGAGUUGAGAAAGGUUGAGGGUGACAAAUCUGGUAGAAAAGAGAGGGAGAAAGUAGUUGAGCAUUCCUGUGAAAACGAGGCUGAGGAGUUUGUUGAGAAGAUCUCCAGAAAAUCUAUAGACAAAGGAAAGAGUGUAAGAAAAUCAGUGAAGCGAAAGGCAGGUGAUAGUGAGUAA